AUCCUUGACGCGGGAGCAUCGUCGUUUCGAAACAGCCGCGACCUUCUCCUCCGUCGCGCGCGUUCCGUCAAAACGUCAAACGCCACUGCCGCUUCUCCGUUUUCUCCCUCUCUCUCCCGUCGUUCUCUGUUCAGGAGGAGGCGAUAUUCCGACCGUCGUGAUCGCGUGGACUGUGUGGAUUCUUUAUCCUCCUCUUUCUCCUUCUCCUUCUACAAGUUAUUUUUAAAAAUUGUGCACAAAGAAGAAGGGGAGAUCUGUGAGAGGGCGAGGUAGCUAGAAGAGGAUCAGUGAUGCAUGGUGAAUACGAGAAGAUCGAACAGCCUCGAACGAGAAAUGUGUUGCAGUGACGUAACACUGGGUGAAUCGUGAUUCGGUGAACCUGGAACGGGACAUGGAUGGAACAUUGACGACGAGGACACUCGCGUAAAAACGCGGUUCCAACCAUUUUUCAAAAAACCCUUCCCCUUCGAGAUACAGAGAUCCGAGAUCGAUCCACGAGAUCGAUUUUCGACGGGAGUGCACGCGCGAGUGGAUAACUCGAAGAGAGAGAGGGAGAGAGAAUCCAGAAAGUCCACCGAUCUAGAGAGGAUGCGUAGUAGUCGGCCACGAAUCUUUCAUGUGAUUUGCUCGGUGAACUGGCCGACGUAUCGGAUCAUCGUUCGCCGAGGCUGAAUCUCAUUCGAAUCUUGUCUGGAAAUCAACGUUGUUUCCCAUAUACACGAAAUUAAAUCGGCAAAUUAUUUCACGUCGUUUGACAAAAGGAAAUCUUCUUUCAUAGAAAAAAAUUUACAAGGCUUGUUGCGCGAGGAAAUCCAGACAGUGGGAAUUCGAUGGCGCGUCGAUGUUGAAGAGAAUCUUGUUUCCGGUGAUAAAAAAGAUCCUUUCGACCGCUCACAUUAUCACGAUUUGGCACACGAGGAGGAAAGAAAGAGGAACAUCGAAGAGGAAGGAAGGAAAUGUGUACGUUGCGCGACAAACAAGAUAAUUGAGUUUUCGAUCGAAAGGAAAGGAAUAUACAUAUACAUACAUAUAUAUAUAUAGGCAAGAUUCGAGGAAAGGAUGCGCUGGAGAAGGAGAAGGAAUGAUCGAUGGAACGUCUAGGUUGUCGGGGAAAUUACUUUAACGAGUUCGCCGCCUAAUGCAUUGCGAACGACUUUGCGGCGGUGAAUGCGGCGAGAGGCAUAAAAGCGUCGACCGACCGACCUCUCUCUGUCUCUCUCUCUCUCUCUCUUUCUCCUCCCUCCCCCCUUUCUCUCUAUUUCUCUUCGAUCUUAGGCCAGAGUGCAAACUGACGCCGUACCGCCACCCGUCCACGAAAUAACCCCUCUCUCUCCCCCCCUCCCCCGCCUUCCCUCCCUUCGUCCCACGUCGUUAAUUACAUUCAUUAGCGGGGUUUCUCGCGUCUACAAUCGGGGGUUUGUACGUUGUUACGUUACGUUACGUUACGUUAUACAUUUUCCACUGAAUAUUUUCAUCGAGUGAAUAAAACAUCGAGCUCGAGCGCGAGUUGUUUGUUGCUGUUUUUUUUUCUCUCCUCUUCCUUUUCUGAAGGAAAGAGGAAGAAGAGUGGAGGCGAAGAGUGGAAAGAGCGCGAGUGUAUGUCAUGAAGGUGUUGUAGCAAAGUGAUAGAUAGAAGUGGUGAAGUGCAAGGGAUUGCGAUUGAUCGCGCGAAAUGCCGCCCCGAUCGAGAAAGUGGUGAAGUUAGGGUGGUGAAGGAUGCGUGACACGGCGUGAAACGAUUGCGAAAUGCGUGUGAGAUAGUGUAUAUCGUCAAUAUGUGAAAGAACCUCGCCGAGGAAAAGCGAUGUCUACUUCUCUUCCCGUACUCGUCUGUUUUAUCAUUUCUUUUGGUGGUAUAGCGUCAUGUAUAAGAAAUUUUCGAACCGACUUUCUGGAGGAGUGGCCAACUCCCGGCACAGGGCCCCAUUUCGACACCUCGAUGCAGUCAAACUUCACCGGGUUGGUGGGGAAAACCGUGCAUCUAGUGUGCAAAGUGAAAAAUCUCGGGAAUCGUACGGUUUCCUGGGUGAGGCAUCGAGACAUACAUCUGUUGACGGUCGGCCGUUACACGUACACGAGCGACCAACGCUUCGAGGCGUUGCACCUUCCCCAUGCCGAGGAAUGGACGUUGAGGAUACGAUAUCCUCAGAAGAAGGAUUCCGGUAUUUACGAGUGCCAAAUAUCAACGACACCGCCUAUCGGCCAUCCCGUUUACUUGACUAUAGUCGAACCGAUCACCAUCAUCAUAGGAGCCCCUGACCUGUUCGUGAACAAGGGUAGCACGAUCAACCUAACCUGCGUAGUGAAGUACGCCCCGGAACCACCGCCCAUGAUGAUCUGGAGUCACAACAGUGAGGUAAUUAACUUCGACUCGCCGCGGGGAGGUAUCAGCCUGGUGACGGAGAAAGGGCCAGAAACGACGAGCCGUUUAAUGAUCCAGAAAGCGGUGAUCACCGACUCUGGGAUAUAUACCUGCGAGCCGAGCAACGCGAAUCCGAACAGAAUUAAGGUGCACGUUGUUGACGAGGAAAGGCCGGCCGCCAUGCAUCACGGAGAUGGAAGUUCGUCGUACGCCGAGACACUGCCAAUGUGUUUUAUAAUUUUAAUAGUAGCCAAUGUAAUAUUUGUAUAAGGGAGGGGGGUAUAUAUAGAGGAUCGAAGAGAUUAAAGGGAGAAGGGAUUAAGAGAAUUUUUACCCGGAAUUUUCGCGCGGUUUCGUGAAUGAUUCGCACUGCCUCUGUUAACUGAUCCGAUAACAUUCGCUCGGAUAUAAAUAUUUGCGCAGGGUAAAAAAACCGGAUAAUUACCUACAUUUACAUUCAAUUUCCGUGACCAAAGAGUUUUCGAUAUAUCAGCACGGCACAAUAAUCGAUAAGAGCGUAGUAUUUUGUUAAGAUAUAUCAUCAAGGGCGAAUAACGUACCGACGUUCAAAAAUUUAUUGUAUUAUUUGUAAAUAAAUUUAUUGUAUGUACAUAUCAAUAAAAACGAUUGUCUUUA